CCUCGCACAGUUAGACAAAGAUUUUAUUUUAUUUUAAAAAAAUUUUCUUGCAAGGAAAAUCGGAGGAAAAGGGACGCAUGUGAAUGCGAUGACUUUUCGUCAAGAAGCCGUCGGAAUCUUCUUUUAACCGCGCGCCAUGCGUCACUUGUUCGAUGCAGUUGGUCGCUCGAAUUCAUGGAAAUCAGCGCAGAAUGUUGAAAGGUCUUUCUUCUUCUCCUCCUCUUUCCUGGUUUUUUCCGUUUGCGUCCAAAAUUUUGAUUCAGUUCCAUUCCGUAGCUAUUUCUUAUGGAUAAUCAAAAUCUUUUCUCCCGUUUACUACACGACAUCUUCUUCUUUUGAUCGUAACCGUGUCUACGUAGGCUCUGCGCUGUUUUAACUGUUCAAUCUCGUUUGCCGCUUUUGGUUCGACAUAUAUGUGGGAUUUCUCUACCGUGUAGCACCGCUUCGUUCAAUUGUUUGUCGUGUUCUGAUUUUGCGUAUGUACAUUUCUUAGCAUCCAAGCAUCUAGUUCAAUUUUCCUCAGUUGAUUGAUUUUGGACGCAAUUUGCUGGUUUUUCCCUCUUUCUGCUUGUGAAUUUCUAGUUCCGUUUUCAAUUUGACUUUUGUUGGUGUUCUGGAGUUCUGGAUUGGGUACGGGUACCCUUUCGUUUGCAACUUCUUUUUUUGCGAGUGAGUUGGAUGAUAAAAGUCACCGCCGCUUGAGUUUUAGCUUUUUUUAAGUAUGGGUUGUUUCUUCAAUUUUAAACGAAAAACUAAGAUCAAAAGAGGUGUUGGAGAAUCGAAUAAGGAACUGAGCCAAAGGAAUAAAUCGGAUCGUAAAACUACCAAUCGUGGGAUUGAAGCAUUGGAAACUUUGCCUUUGCCGCGGAGUAUACCUGAAUUGUACAAAGAGAAGGAACAUACUCUGAGAGUCUUCACUUUGGAAGAGCUAAAAAAAGCGACAAAUGGGUUCAAUAGGACGCUUAGGAUUGGAGAAGGCGGCUUUGGGAGUGUAUAUAAGGGGAAAUUAAGGCUUGAAGGUGAUCGGGGAGAUGAAAUCAUAGUUGCCAUUAAGAGGCUCAAGCCAAAUAGCUCACAGGGUCAUAAACAAUGGCUUGCAGAAGUUCAAUUUCUUGGUGUCGUUAGUCACCCAAACCUGGUAAAACUUCUGGGAUACUGUUCAGAAGAUGGAGAAAGAGGGAUCCAACGACUGUUAGUAUAUGAAUUCAUGCCUAACGGAAGCCUAGAAGAUCAUCUCUUUAGCAGGAGUAUGCCUCUUUUGACUUGGAAAUCAAGGCUACACAUUAUCCUUGGUGCAGCUCAAGGAUUGGCUUAUCUACAUGAAGGAUUAGAAGUCCAGGUGAUAUAUCGCGACUUCAAAUCAUCAAAUGUGCUAUUGGAUGAAGAAUUCUCUGCAAAACUUUCAGACUUUGGGCUUGCUAGAGAAGGACCGACUGGUGAUGAUACACACGUGUCCACUGCAGUGGUUGGGACAUAUGGAUAUGCAGCGCCCGAAUAUGUCGUCACUGGACAUUUAACAAUGCAAAGUGAUAUAUGGAGUUUUGGAGUAGUGCUGUAUGAGAUCCUGACGGGUAGGCGGGCUCUGGAAAGAAAUCGACCAACSGUUGAGCAAAAGCUACUGGAGUGGGUGAAACAGUUUCCUGCAAACAGCAAAAGGUUCAAGACGAUAAUAGAUCCUCGGCUUCAAAACCAGUAUWACCUGGCUGCAGCUCGAAAAGUAGCCAACUUAGCCAACCAAUGUCUCAACAAGACUGCAAAAGAUCGACCAAUGAUGUCGGAAGUGGUCGAAAGCCUGAAGCAAGCAUUAGAAGAAUCAUAGGAGAGAGUUUAGUUAAGAGGAUUCCUGUUGGUCAUCCGGGUGUUAAGUGAGAAAAUCUGAAUUCUGAAAUGGCUGAUGCUGAAACUUCUCAUCUCAACAACAGCCACAGAAUAAUGAAACAAAUUGGUAAUUGAGCAAUCAAUUUUUUGUAUGAUGGCUUAGUAUAGCCCUGAUUAUUAUAUUAAUAUUGCUCUGAUUAUUCAUCCAUCUGAA